CCCCACACGGGGCGGGGCUCCAACAUCCGCGGGAUCUGCAGUUCGGACUCUCGGCGCCACAGUCGCUGCAGUUACCUCCACUCUGGUGGCCCUGGGGAGUCCGGGAGUCGACUGGCCACUUGGACUUGGCAAGGGCCAGCCCCACCUCUCCCUCCCUCGGUGGGGUCUAGACGGUCGGGGCCGCGGGGUCAUGGAGCCCUCUCCCGCCCUGGGGAGCUUGGAGACUACUCGCCUGGUGAGCCCCCGGGACCGCGGCGGCGCUGGUGGUGGCCUGCGUUUGAAGAGUCUCUUCACAGAUGCCUCAGAGCCCUUCCCUGAGGAGCCCAAACCUGUGGAGAUGCCCUCCCACCACUGCCACAGAGACCCCCUGCCACAGCCGGGUCUCACCCCCGAGAGGCUGCAGGCGCAGAGGCAACUGUGUGCCGCCUGUGCUGUGUGCUGUGUCUUCAUGGCCGGGGAGGUGGUCGGUGGGUAUUUGGCACACAGCCUGGCCAUUAUGACCGAUGCAGCCCACCUGCUGGCAGAUGUGGGCAGCAUGGUGGGCAGUCUCUUCUCCCUUUGGCUCUCUACCCGUCCAGCCACCCGCACCAUGACCUUUGGCUGGCACCGCUCAGAGACUCUGGGGGCUUUGGCCUCUGUGGUCUCCCUCUGGAUGGUCACAGGCAUCCUCCUGUACCUGGCCUUCAUCCGCCUGCUGCACAGUGACUACCACAUCGAGGGGGGCGCCAUGCUGCUGACCGCCAGCAUCGCCGUCUGUGCCAAUCUGCUAAUGGCCUUUGUGCUGCACCAGGCUGGGCCCCCCCACAGCCAUGGGUCUAGGGGGGCCGAGUAUGCGCCACUGGAGGAGGGGUCUGGGGAGCCCCUGCCCCUGAGGAACACCAGUGUCCGGGCAGCCUUUGUCCAUGUGCUGGGGGAUCUCCUGCAGAGCUUUGGGGUGCUGGCUGCCUCCAUCCUCAUCUACUUCAAGCCUCAGUACAAGGCAGCUGACCCCAUCAGCACUUUCCUCUUCUCUAUCUGUGCCCUUGGGUCCACGGCUCCCACCCUCCGAGAUGUUCUUCGCGUCCUGAUGGAAGGUACCCCCAAAAAUGUGGGGUUUGAGCCGGUGAGGGAUACACUGUUGUCAGUGCCAGGGGUCCGGGCAACUCAUGAGCUGCAUCUCUGGUCCCUUACGCUCACUUACCACGUUGCCUCCGCACAUCUGGCCAUCGACGCCACAGCGGACCCUGAAGCUGUCCUGGCCGAAGCCACAUCCCAGCUCCACUCUCGGUUUGGAUUCUCCAGCUCUACCCUGCAGGUCGAGCAGUACCAGCCUGAGAUGGCCCAGUGCCUGCGCUGCAGGGAGCCCCCCCAGUCCUGAGCUGGCCCUGCCCUCACCCCACUGCCAAGCUCUGGCUCAGCCCUGGACUCUAUGGAGAAAGGGCAGAGCUGGGCCCUUACCCCUUCCUCUCCCCCUCCUUCCACCUGCCAGCUCCCCAGCCCUCAGCCCCAGUGGGCAAGACCAAAGCGUGUGUCGGGGGGAGUGAGUCGGGAGUCGGGUGGAGCAGGGAAUCAGUGCAGUGGGGGGGUGUGGAAAUCCCGUGCUCCCUGCUCUCCCACAGUCUGGGGAGCUGCAAGCAUCCUUUCCAUGCAGUUCAUUUGUCUGUGUGGCAGCCUGGCUGGCUUGGGGCAUCUGCCUAUCUGUGUGCUGUCGGUGUGCCUAUGCCUGGGGGAGGUCAGCAGGGGCCCCUCCCCACAUGGCCCUCGCUCUGUCUAUGCAGGAGCCCCAAAGCUCGCACUUUGUCGGUGUGUUCUGGCCUUGUGGUUUUCUCUGUGUGUGCAUGUGUGUGUAUGUGUGUGUGUGUGUGUGUGCGUUUCUUGGUGCUGUGGCCUGUGUGUCCCUGUGCCUGUGUGGCUGUGCUAUGGUCUCUAUGAGUCUGCACCAUCCAUGUGUCCGUGUGGGGGUCUGUGUCCAUCCCUCUGUUGGUGCUGUGCCCUCGGCUAUCCCAGAGAGAGGGAAGACUCGGCCGCAGCUCCACCAAUAAACUUCUGUCUAACUGCA